AUGGUAUCUAAAAAGAAGAAGAAGUACUCAUCUGGAGAAGGAGCGCAAUUUAUGACAAGAAAAGCGGCUCUUAAAAAACUACAACUAUCCCUAAAGGAUUUUAGAAGAAUCUGCAUACUAAAAGGGAUUUACCCUCGAGAACCACGCAACAGGAAAAGGGCUCAGAAAGGAGCUGGCGGUAUCAAAACACUAUACCACACAAAAGAUAUUAAAUUUCUUCUACACGAACCAAUAAUAUGGAAGCUUCGGGAUUUAAAGGUAUAUCAACAAAAAAUUCGCCGCGCCAGAGCUAUGAGAGAAUAUGGCAAAAUGAAAAAAUACUUCAGAGAUUACCCAGCAAUCAAAAUUGAUCACAUCAUCAAAGAACGAUACCCUUCAUUUGUGGAUGCUCUACGAGAUUUAGAUGAUUGUCUGACUCUAUGCUUCUUGUUUAGUACAUUCCCAUCCAUACGGCGUGUACCUAGAGAUCAAUCUAUGUUGUGUAGACGACUCACUGUUGAGUUUAUGCAUGCAGUGAUUGUCGCAAAGGCUUUACGCAAAGUCUUCAUAUCUGUUAAAGGCUAUUAUUAUCAAGCUGAAAUCGAAGGACAAACCAUCACAUGGAUUGUGCCUCAUCACUUUUCUUUCGAGCCACAAACUAAAGAUGAGGUGGACUUCAAAAUAAUGUCAACAUUUGUGGAGUUUUAUGUAAUGAUGCUUGGUUUUGUGAACUUUAAGUUAUUCAAUUCAUUAAAUCUGGUUUACCCCCCUAAACUGACUGCUGGCUUCUCAUCAGAUAAUGAUAAAGGAUUGGUAGAUAAACGGGCUUAUGUAUCAGAAAGGAUUGCUGCAAUGAACCUUUCUGUAGCAAGGAAAGUUGGUGCCAAUGAAGUAGAGGAGUUCCCAGAGAUAGAUCUAUUUGAAACUGAAGACCAAGAUCCCCAGAAAUUGGAGGAAGCCAAGCAGGAGGCUGAGAAAAUCAAAUUUUUGAAGACUAUGUUCAAGGGACUAAAGUUCUUUCUAAACAGAGAAGUACCUAGAGAGCCACUUGUUUUUAUUAUUCGCUGUUUUGGUGGGGAGGUCUCUUGGGAUAAAGAUCACUUUGUGGGAGCUACCUUUGAUGAAACCGAUGAGUCAAUAGCGUAUCAAAUUGUUGACAGACCAAGUAUGGACAAACAGUACCUAUCACGGUAUUAUGUUCAACCUCAAUGGGUAUUUGACAGUGUCAAUGCGAGAACUUUGCUUCCAAUUAACAAGUAUCUCAUGGGUGCAACUCUGCCACCACAUCUGUCACCAUUCAUAGACAAAACAAGGGAUCAAGUAUAUAUACCCCCUGAACAAAGAGCACUUGACGAUCCUGAAUAUAAACCACCAGGUGAUGAUGACGAGUCUGAUGAGGAAAUUGAAGAAGCCAGUGAUGAGGACAAAGAGGAACAGAGUGCAGAAGAGUCUGAGACUGAAGAGCAGAUUUUAACCAAGCAGUAUAAAGCUGAAGUGGAACAGGAUUCACCCUCUGAAGAUGAUGAUGAUGAUGAAGGAGAUGAUUUUGAGAAAAAGAAAAUUGCUAAGGAAAAGAAAAAGAAAAUGGCUGUCAAAACUGGUAUCCCUCAUAAAGAGCAUCCAUACAAGAAAGAGAUAGAAGACAAGCAAGCUUUUAGACUCAGGGAAAAACUGGUAAGAAAGAAGCAUAGGAACUUGUACAAGAGCAUGAAGGCCGGUCAGGAAAAGAGGAAGAAAGAAAUUUGGUUAUUGAGGAAGAAGAGGCGGCUUCACGAUGAAAAGACGAAGGAAGAACGAAAAACUACAAAACGUAAUCAAAAGAUGGAAGCAUUAAAUGCAUCGGCAUAA